GUUUGACGUCAUUUCCGCCGGCUGCGGAAGUCUUUCCAGGUUGCAUGCUUGUGUUCGCUGUGCUUUGCCCUUUGAGGUGACUUUUGUCAACCAGCUCGUUCUUGGUUUAUAAAAUAUUGCAUAAACGGAAAAUGGCAGAUUUCAGUAGUUUCGACAGGCCGUCAAUGGGUUCGCCGGAAAACGCCGAGGCUGCUGAACUUCAGCGUCUGAUCGCUGUGGAACAACAAAAAGCUCAGUUUCAGGCUCAGGUGCACAACUUCACCGACGUUUGUUGGGACAAAUGCAUCGAUAAGCCGAGCUCAAAACUGGACUCGCGCACUGAAGCAUGUCUCGUGAGCUGUGUGGAGCGCUUCAUUGAUACCACUCUCGCCAUCACAAACCGCUUCACACAGAUGGUGCAGAAGGGCACACACUGAAUAUGCUGUCACCGUGCGACCUCUCAAGGACAAAUGGCUUACAUUCUUAUUAGCGUCCUCUGAUGAAUAGGAAGGAAAUAUCUAAUGCCAUAGUCUUGGACUGGAUCCCAAAUGACACUUUACUUUCUACAGACGUACUAAUUAGGGUAUAUGAAAAUGAUUCUUCUCCAGUUUUGUCAAUCCCUUCCUCCCAUCUCCAGCAGUUUCCACCUUAAAGUAACCCCAAGUGUACCAUUUUAUCUCACUACAAUUGGCUCAGGAAAAUCUGUACAUUUCUAAUCAUUGUUGAGGGAACGUGGUAGCUAAGUGGUUAAGGUGUUGGACUACUGAUCAGAAGGUCAUGAGUUCAAGUCCCCGAUCCACCAAGCUACCACUGUUGGGCCCCUGAGCAAGGCCCUUAACCCUCAAUUGCCCAGGUGUAUAAAAGGAAAUAAAAUGUAAGUCACUCUGGAUAGUGUAGUCUGGAUAAAUGCCAGAAAUGUAAAUGUAAAAUCCAAGUAUUUUUACUAGAUAAACUCGGUAAGAUAAACAAGCAGUUGUGACAGAUUUGACGUAGUGAAUUGUUUAACACUAGUGUUAACAGAUUUGAUCCAAUGUUUUAAAACCGUUCUUGCAAUCAUCCAUCUUUAAUUGAAAGAGUUUUGGGGUACUUGCUUUAAUCACCAAAUCACUAUGUUCUGUAUAAUAUUCUUGCUUCAAAUUUGGAGCCAUUUGGGAUUUAGCCUCAGUGUCUGAGGUCUCAUACAUUCACAUAUAUCUUAUUUUUUACAGAAGAAUAACUAGGGAUGAUUCCCAGUGGAUUGUGCAUGAUUAUAGAACCAGAUUUACGUAAUGAUCCUCUCAACCACAUCAUUAUGUCCAAUCUGUUAUUGUCCAUGUCCCUGCAGCUUCUUGGACUUUUGUCUGAAAUUAUAUUCCAACUACGGUUCUAAUGAUCAGAUGAAACAAUAAGCUCACAGAUCGUCUGGAUUCACUGUCAAGUCUGGGGAGUUCAGCCUUAUGUUUCAAGUUGAAGAUGUUUCUUUAACACCAGUGUUAAUGAAAACGUAGCAAGACAUGACAUCGUGCGUGCUCUCGUGCUUUCAGUUAACCUUUUCAUGUAUAAUAUACACACUUAAGGACAGUUUCACACUGUUCUUAACUCAUUCAAGAUCAUUACUGCAAGUUAGAAUAAAUAAUUAUCCUGA